ACUGGUGAGCGCGACGAGCUUGCGGAGAACCUGCGUGCUACUGAGGACGCCAAGGCUGAGGUGGAGAAGAAUCGUGAUCUUAUUUAUGAUGAGUUGAUGUGUGAACGUGAAGAAGCUAUUCGUGCCCGAGAGGCUGACUUGGAGUUGGCACGGUCUCGUCUUUGUGAUGCAGAGUCAAAAUGCGGUUUCCUGGAUGGUAGAGUGUCUCGGUUGGAGAGGGAUAAGGCCAGGUUGAAGUCUGCGUAUACAGAUGUUUUACGUGAGAAUAAAGAAAAUGCUGUUCGUCUACGUGUGAGACACGAUUUGUUUGGUAGUGGUGAUGGUUGUACUAAUUGCUCUCCUAGUAAAUUUUCGUUGACAGAGAAGUUAUUGUCUGCAAGGGUCGUGUGUGGGAAGGAAAAUGGUUCUUCUUAG